AUGCGUAUCGAGAAAUGUUACUUUUGCUCGACGAAUGUCUAUCCAGGACACGGAACGAUGUUCGUAAGGAAUGAUGCGAAAUGUUUCAGGUUCUGUUCUUCCAAAUGUCACAAGAACUUCAAGAUGAAGAGGAAUCCUAGAAAGGUCAGAUGGACAAAAGCUUUCAGAAGAGCAAAUGGUAAAGAGAUGGUCGUUGACUCCGUCUUCGAGUUUGAGAAACGACGAAAUGUACCUGUACGAUACGACCGAGAACUUGUCGCUACUACGCUCAAAGCCAUGGAGAGGGUCGCUGAGAUUCGAUCCAAGAGAGAGAAAGCCUUCUGGAAGAACAGAAUGUCCGGUAAUGCAGCUAAGAACGCCAGAGACGCAGCAUUAUCGAUUGAAAAACAUAUCGAACUUGUUCAACCUCGAUCAUCGACCAAAUCAUCUCUAUCAACUUCCACAAUCGAAGAAAAAGAGAAAAUCAGAGAAAAGAUCAAAGUUCGUGCAGCAGGCAAAAAAGCAAUGGCUUUACAACAAUUAAAAUCUGCAAAUCAAUCGAAGAGAAGUAACAAGCAAAGUAGAUUAAUCCCUGCUGAAGGUGGUGGUAUGGGUAUGAGCUUGGAUUAG